AUGUCUAUUAUCCAAGUCCAUGCACCCACUUCCGAAGCAAGCGACAAUGAGAUAGAGAAAUUCUAUGAACAAGUACGUAAUGCUAUGAAGCACUGCAACAAGCAGUUUAUAUUAGCAGGUGACUUUAAUGCUAGAAUAGGAAAAAGGUUGCCUGGUGAAGAAAGAGUAAUGGGUGCAAAUUGCUUUGGUAAACGGGAUCAAAGAGGAGAUCUGCUCCUGCAAUUUUGCCGUGAAAACGACUUAAAGAUAAUAAAUACCCAAUUUACAAAGAAGCUAAAAAACCUAUGGACCUGGCUUUCCCCCAAAAAGCGAAGAAGUCAAAUUGACUAUAUAUUAACAAAUGACAUGCGACAUAUACAAAACAUUGAAGUGGUGCACAAUCUAUCAUUUGCCAGCGAUCACAGUCUUGUAAGAUGCACAUAUAUAGUAAAAGACCUAAAAAAGAGUCGGGUAAAAUAUAAAAAUAGUGCAUACUCUUAUCUUAAGUCCCCAGAAGAGGAAGAGUCAUAUUUAAAAACUUUAGAAACCAAAAUAAAAGACAUAAAAGAUAUUGAUGAAGGCAACGUAAACAAAUAUUAUGACCAAAUUAAGACGUCACUUACGAGAAGCAUAAGAGCCGUUACAUUAAAAACUAAAAAUAGAUAUAAUCGUAAAGGUUAUAUUAUCUCAAAUCACAUAAAGGAUCUGAUAUCCAGAAGAAACGAGUUGACACGUAAAACACAUUUAAGCAGCAUAGAAAAGAAGGAACGAACAUAUCUGUAUAAAAAUAUACAUAAAAUGAUUAAACAAGACAAUAAAAAACAUAGAUUACAAAUAAAAAAUUUCGAAAUCCAUCACAACAACUUAUCGACUGAAAGAUUUUCAACUUAUGAAGUUAUCAAAGCUAUGGAACAAUUAAAGGUAGACAAAAGCUGUGGACCAGAUGGCAUAACAAAUGAAGCUAUAAAAGUUGGAAGAUUUUUGUUAGCAACCCCCAUAACAAGGCUUUUUAAUAUGGUUAUGGAUUCACGAAAAAUACCCAGAGAAUGGGCACGGUCUGACAUAAUUUUACUAUAUAAAAAAGGGGACCCGACUGAUGUGGGCAACUACCGCCCGAUAAGCUUGCAACCUAGUAUGUACAAAUUGUUCGCUUCCUGUCUAGAACGACGCUUGUCAAAAUAUACCGAAGAAUAUCAACCAGUAGAACAAGCUGGUUUUAGAAGAGGCUUCUCUACUAUAGAUCAUAUUCAUGCCUUAGACAUGAUUAUAGAAAAAUAUAUCGACCAAAACUGCCCCCUAUACCUAGGUUUCGUUGAUUACGCCAAAGCUUUUGACACCAUAUCUCACAAAAGCAUGUGGCAAGCUCUUGGUGAAUGUAAUGUUCCUUAUGAAAUAAUAGAACUCAUACAAAAUAUAUACCAGCAAAGCGUAAGCCGCGUGAAGUUAGACAGAAUUGGCCCAGAAAUAAAAAUAUGCAGAGGCGUAAGACAAGGCGAUCCUUUGUCACCUAGAAUAUUUAUAACGGUUCUACAAAGCGUAAUGAAAACCCUUCAAUGGGAGAAAAAAGGGAUAGAAAUAAAUGGUCAGUAUCUAAGCAACUUGAGAUUCGCCGACGAUAUAGUUAUCUUCUCAAACAGUGCGACGCAGCUACAAGACAUGCUUAACGAAUUAGUCUGCGCAAGUAAAAGCAUUGGCCUAGAAAUGAAUACCUCCAAAACUAAAGUUAUGACUAACAGCAAAGAACGACCAAUUUUUGUCAACGCCACGUCUCUUGAAUAUGUCCAAAACUACAUAUACCUAGGAAAACAAAUAUCGUUUAGCCAAAACAGACAUGUGGAAGAAACAAACAGACGUGUAAACCUAGCAUGGCACAAAUAUUGGGCUUUAAAAGAAGUACUGAAAUCCAACCAUAACUUAACUAUAAAAAGAACAGUCAUGGACACAUGCAUACUUCCAUGUUUGUCAUACGGAUGCCAAACCUGGAUUUUUAACAAGGCGUUAAUAAAAAAGAUUGGAGUAUGCCAAAGGGCUAUGGAGCGCUCCAUUCUUCAAUUGAAGCUUAAAGACAAAAUAAAAAACAAGAUUAUACGAAGUCGUACAAAAAUAAAAGAUGUUGUAACUUAUACAAAAAGGCUAAAAUGGAAAUGGGCCGGUCACAUUGGCCGCAUUUGUGAUGGCAGAUGGGUCAAAAAGACCCUUACUUGGAAGGGCCCAGUGGGAAGAAGAAAGAGAGGAUGCCCACCGAAAACUUGGGAAGACGAUAUAAAAGGGAUAGCGGGAAAAAACUGGAAAAUUUUCGCAUCAAAUAGGGAUAAGUGGAAGAAUCUGGAGGAGGCCUUCACUCCAUCGGAGGUCGAGUACAAGUGUAAAACUUAA